UAAAAUUUUUCUUUUAUCUGUAAGCGAGAAGGCGUGCGGUUGUGAAAUACUUUUCUUACCGGCAAAGUUUUGUAAUUAAAGUCGCAAAAAUGAGUGUUUCUCCAGAAUUGCAAUCUGAGGCUAAUUCAGUGGUACACCAGUAUCUUUUAACUGUAGAUAAAUCGUUUGCUGGGCAAUUUUUGUCAAAAACAAAAGCGAAACCGAGACAAAAGAAUUUACCAACACUAAUUGACAUCUUAGCAAAACACAAGAAAAUUGACAGUAAACCAGUACAAAAUUCUAAGAAGCCUUCAGAAAGCUCGGACGAUUCUGACAGUGAAGAAGAACAAAAAAAACCUGCACAAUUAAACAACUCUAAAAUUACUAGUGCAGCAAAGAAAAAGGACUCAUCAUCAGACUCUGAUAGCUCUGAAGAUGAAAAACAAAAACAACCCCCAAAGGUCAAUAAUGUUGCAAAUAAAAAAGCACCUGUUAAGAAAGCAGAGUCCUCAGAUGAGAGUGAUAGUGAAGAAGAUGCUACAUCAAAACCUACAAAACAACCAGUCAAGUCCCAGCCAGUUAAUUCAGUACCAAAACCUGUUAAGAAGAAAGAUUCCAGUGAUGAUUCUGACAGCAGUGAAGAUGAAAAACCUCAAAAUAAUAGUAAUAAAGGGAAAACUGCACCACCACCAAAAGUUCAACAACAGAAACCUGUUGUAAAAAAAGCAGAUUCAUCAUCUGACAGUGACGAUAGCAGCGAUGAUGACAAAACAAAGAAACCUCCAAACAAACCUGCAGUGGCAGCCAAGCCAACUGCCACUCCUGCUAAAAAACAGGAAUCUUCCUCAGAUGAUAGUGACAGUGAUGAUGCAAAACCUAAAGUUAAAGCAAACACUCCACAAGUCAAACCAAAAACUCCCCAAGCGAAACCACCAGCAAAAGCUGCACAGAAGCCCAAUAAACAAGAAUCCUCCUCAGAUAGUGAUAGUAGUGAUGAUGAACCACCUAAACCAGCUCAGAAACAACCAGCCAAAAAUGUCGCUAAUACUAAACCAGUUGCAAAGCCCAAAGCUCAAGAUUCUUCUGAUGAUAGUGAUGAUUCAGAAGAUGAUAAGCCAAAAGCUUCUCAAAAACCGGCAACAAAACCUCAACCACCUUCUAAAAGCCCUAAUGUUUCUGCUGUCAAAAAAAAAGAGUCUUCAUCUGACGAUGACAGCAGUGACGAUGAAAAAACCAAGCCAAUUCCUAAACUUGAAACUCCGGCAGUGAAACCUGUAUUUAAAGGCAAUAAAAAACCACAGACAUCUUCUGAAGAUAGUGAUGAUAGUAGUGACGACGACAAGAAAAAACCUACACAGAAACAGCCUGCAAAACCAGCAGUCACACCUGCAAAGCCAGCUGCCAAAAAAGCAUCUUCAUCAGAUGACAGUGAUAGCAGUGAUGAUGAUAAACCGAAAAAAACCCCAGUAAAGCCUCAAACUAAACCAGUCAAAAAACAAUCUUCUUCAGAAGACAGUGAUGACAGUAGUGAAGAUGAAAAGCCAAAAAAAGCUCCUGUAGCCACUCCCAAACCUAAAGCUAAAAAGGAAUCUUCUGAUGAUAGCAGCGAUGAUGAGGCUCCUCAAAAAGCUGCUGCUAAACAAAAAGCUGAUUCAGAUGAUGAUAGUGACGAUGAACCUCCUACUAAAGUACAAAAGAAGGAUGCUGAUCAUUCUACGCAAAAUGGCUUCCAAACUGGCAAGAAAAGAAAAGCAUCAGAUGGAAAUGAUCCAACUCCUAACAAAAAACCAUACAGCAACUUUGUUAAGGGUACCAAUGUAAUUUCCACACCAAAUGAAAAAACAGCUCAAGAUAGCAGUAAACCGACUCCCUUCCGGAGAGUCUUAAGUGAAAAGAUUGAAGUGGAUCCUAGACUUAAGGACAAUUCGUUUGAAGCUAAGGGAGGAGCUCGCGGUUCGUGGGGUGAGCGCGCCAACAUAGACUUGAAGCAUACCCGUGGAAAGUCGUUCAAACACGAGAAAACUAAGAAAAAACGAGGUGCAUACCGUGGCGGUGCCAUCGACACAUCUGUGCAUUCCAUCAAGUUUGAAGAUUAACUAUCACAGUAGGUGUCAUUAAAAUAAUCCCUGUUAAUUACUGUUAAUAAAAUUUCUGAAGAAAUAUAAAAAUGUAGCGCCUUUAACGCGCAGGUUCAUAAUUGAUUUAUAUAAUUUGCUAAUGCUUCUAUGAUUUAUUAUACGAGUAUACGUAGUAAUGUAUAUGCAAUGCACUUAUGUUUCAUGUUAAAAAAAUACUUUCCUUCUUUGACAUUGCGAUUGACAGCUGCUGUUUAGAUUUCAAAAAAAUAUUAUUGAUAAUGUUUAAUUUGAUUUAACUUUCCGAUUUUUAUUUAGAAAUAGGGAAAGAAUAUAUAGGUACUAUAUAGAUUUAUAUUUUUGUAUGUAUUAAUAACAAAUGACCUUAUUGUAACAUGUUGAAUGACCCUGGACCUGGUGGGCAGUAGGACUGAGUAUAACCCGUGCGCAAUAACUUGACACCACCAAAGACAUCCAUACAAACAGUAAAAACAUCAUUUGAGCUGGGUGUCAAGUUAAUCCGCACGAGUUGUAUAUUGGACAGCUACUUUCUCAAUCAGAGGAGCGUGUGAAUGUUUCUAAUCCCAUAACUCCCAAAUUAAAAUAUAGGAAUCUAUUUCUUAUCUAUUUUACCAAUUAAAUAUUUAAUAAGGUAAAAAUCUUAUAAUAUUCAUGAUGUGUUUUUUUUGACUGUCCUCUAAUUGAAGUGUAUUUUUUUUACUAUAAGUAGAAUGUAAAUAAUAGUUUGCAUUUAACAUAAGAGUUAUGUUAUGUUGUUGUACAUAAGCUGUUUUAUUUUAAUACAUAAGUAUAAACCUACUCUAGAUAUAUAAGGAACAACACGUAAAAGUAAGCUAAAGUAAGCCCGCCUCUGAACUAUUAGCCUACAAUUAAGAGAUGUGUUUUAAUUAAAAUUCAUUUGGAAUAACUUUA